CCGGCCAAUGGGAGCGCGGGGAGCGGAGCGCCUUGUCUUCGCUCGCUCGCUUGCAACUAGUUCCAAGACUCCAGCAGGCACUUUCCCCGCUCCCUGCCUGCCUGCUUCGGGAAGGAAUUCACUGGGAAACCGCGCGGCCAGUGCCUGGGAGGGAAGCGGCCGGAGUCCCGGGCGGUUUCCCAGCUCGUUUUCCCCGCGCAAAAUGAGCGUCGCCGUGGAAGAAGCCGUCCUGCCCUCCAUCUCCACCUUCGCCGGCUUGGUGCCGCUGGAAAACAGCCCGCCCGAAAUGAGGCUGGCUCCUCCUCAGGCAGAAGGUGGCGCCAACAUUAAACGGGAAGCAGAUGAGCUGGGCAACUUUGUCGACUUGGACUUCAUCCUGGCCCACACCACCAAUGGCCAGCCCAGUGGGGCAGCAUCAGGAGGGGCAGCGUCCGUGCCAGCACCGCACCCCAACCCCCAUUACCCCUUACCAGAGACCCCUGAGAGCUGUGGCACCACUUACGACAGUGAUGGCUCCAACUACCAGCCCUCCAACAAGUUCGCACCAUCCUACCUGCCCAGCCCAGGGCACAGCUAUGUGGCUGAGCUCUUCACACAGGACUUGCACCCACAACCACAGAGCCAUUGCGAGCUCCAGAGGCGAGAAUACACUGAGCUACGUGCUGCCAAUGCUGGCCUUGGGCAUCCUUCUCAUCCAGGUCUGCCUCGGGGCAUGGCCUUGGAUCACCUGCGGGUCAAGCAGGAACCCAUGGAUGGGCAGUCUUGCAUGCUGGGUGGAGGCGUGAGCCCUGACUGCCUAGACCAGAAGCCCCUGGCAAUGCAGUCCAUGAUGCACCAUCACCACCAGCAUCCACAGCACCAGCAUCCACAGCAACAUCAGGCGCCUGCUUGCUUUCCUGCCAGGCAGAUAGGCCCCGGCCCUCACCAGCAUUGUCCUGUGGUUGGAGGUGAAAUGAAUGUGCAGCAAUACUCACGUGGCGGUGCCCCCCACCUCUUCCAGACCCCCGCCUUCACUGGGUCCUUGGCGCCCCACUUCCAUGGACACUUCAGCGUCUUCCGGGAGCCCCUGAAGCCCCACGCACAGGGCUUGCACGGCCUGCUGGUCACACCGCCCAGCUCACCCAUCUUGGAUUACUAUUCGCCCAUGCAAGUGGCCCCCUUGGAAGAGAGCAAGCCUAAGAAGGGCCGCAAGGCUGCCUUCCCCCGUAAGCGCACGGCCACCCACAACUGUGAGUUUGCUGGCUGCGGCAAGACCUACACCAAGAGCUCCCAUCUCAAGGCCCACAUGCGGACCCACACUGGUGAGAAGCCCUAUCACUGUAACUGGGAAGGCUGCGGAUGGAAAUUUGCACGGUCAGAUGAACUCACGCGUCAUUACCGCAAGCACACGGGGGUCCGGCCCUUCCAAUGCCAGCUCUGCGACCGUGCUUUCUCCCGAUCAGAUCACCUGGCUCUGCACAUGAAGAGGCACGUGUGAAGCAUGGCUGGCUUCCUUGGGUCAUUUGGGUGGGAUGUGAUGGGGUUGAAAACAAGAGGCAAAAAGAUGUGGGUAUCCAAAGAGACACUGGGGACUCUCAUUGUGAAGGGAUCCAACAUUUGGUCCCCUCCUCUCCUAACUGGAGUAGCUAAUUUAUGUAUAUAUUACUGACACAUUUAAAUAUUUAAGGAGGAAGCCCAUUUGGUUCCUCCACCACUUUAUGGACAGGCUAUAUCUAUUUAAGAGUGAAUAGUUACACAAACCUGGCUGCAGUGAGAGCUAGGGUAUAUGACAAAAAUAUACUUGGAAGAGUAUCUUUGGGAAGGACAAUUGGGGGCAAUGUAUCCCUACCAUUCCCCAUUCCAAAUCUUCAGUGUGCACAAAAUCACAGUACAGAUACAAUGCUGACUGUGGCCCCAUCUACACUGAUCAUUUAAUGCAGUUCAAAGCAACCUUCAAAUUGCAGACACAAAACUCAUAAAAAUGCGUACAAAAAAUGUUUAUUGCGCAUCAGUGCUCUGUGGUUUGUACAAUCACUGUCAGUGCCUCAAAGUGGUUCCAGGAUUUUCUGUGUAAUCGUAUGCACAGUAAAACCACUUUUUUCAAUUCCGGUUUGAAACUGCAUUAAAUGGUCAGUGUAGAUGGGGUCUGUCACAACCUACCUGUUAGCUUUUGACUCAUGUAUAUUUUGCUUCACAAUGGGUUUUCAUUCACACACACACGUCUUUGCUUCUUUUUAAAAGGAUCUAUCUUGUCAAACUACUUUUAAAAUACAUCCAACAAGAGAUAGGCAUACAUACAGAUAGACUGACUUCGCCUGGCUUGCACUAUAUUUCACUCCCAAUGGCUUCAGAAAUGAAUUAUAAUUUUAAACAAUGACUUCUGCAUCCUAUAGAAGAGGGAUGGGAAUUGAGUGGACUUCCAGAUCUUGUUGGACUGCAGCUCCCAACAUUCCUAACCAUUGCUUUGGUGAUCUAGAGCUGCUGGGAGAUGCAGUUCAGUAAGAUCUAGAAGGCUGCCAAAUUUCUACCUCUGCCCUAUACAAAACUGGGGAAAGACAUUUAAAGAAAAAAAAAUAAUUGUUCAUAUUUUGCUAGGAUUGCCAGCCUUUUUGUAUUAAAAUAUUUUAAUAACAUUUUGUUUCAGCUGUAAAGCUUCCAGUUUGGUCAGUCUGUUCAGACCAAUGAUGUAACUUCUUAAAGCAAGUAACGUCCACCAAUAAGUCUCCAAGCUGUCACCAGUGAGUGAGUGGGAUAAUCCAGCAGAAGAAACUAAAGCUGUCGCUUCUGGAACAGGCUAUAAACCAAACUAUACAUGCUGAACAAAGACAAAACUUCUGUUUAUAGGUUGCAUGAAAUGAAAUGUAUAGGAACCAGAGUUUCACAGCCCAAUCCUAUGCAUGUUUUCUCAGAAGCUACAGUUUUACACAAACCCAUUUGAAAAUAACACUCCCAACUUGAGAGAGCCUCUUCUAAGUAGGCAGAUAAAAGAUCGGUGGGACUUGUAGUGCAAUCCUGAAUGUGUCUAUCUGGAAAUAAGUCCCCAUAGAGUUGAAUGGGAGAUACGUCUAAGUGCGUGGGUAAGAUUAACGCCAUGGACUUAAAUUAGUAUAUUUAGGAUUGCCAUCUUAAAGUAUUCCUUUUUAUUUCUUGGCUCAGGGCUGUGCUAAAUAUGAAUUGAAAAUUAUCUUAAUAUGCUGGUUUCCUUUUUCUGGUUUAUGAGAUCACAUGAUUCAAAGAAAAAACUUUGAAAAGGUUGCCUUUUGGAAAUGAAAUCAAAACAAGUUGUGCUUCUCCAGCAUAGUCAAUGACCUAAAGCAGGGAUGAGCAAAGUUCAGACCAACGAUGGCACUGGAUUGUAACUCCCAGCAUUCCUUAUUCAUAGUUGUGUUGGUAAGAGCUGGUGGGAGUUGCAGUUCAGCUACAUCUGAAGGGAUGCGCUUUGUCUGGCCCUGGACUAAAGUUCCUGCAAUACUCUUCAUUUUUGAUUUGAAGGGAAUGACACCGAACCUGAUGAGAACUAUGGCUCCUAUUUGAUAUCCAAUAGAUGUUUUUCACUACAGAAUUCAUACUACCUGGUCAGUGACCAUAUUGAGUAGGAUGUAUUUGAUCUGUGAUCUUAAACAUCUGGACCAUAUUGUGUUAGAGAAGGCUGAUGUGUAGGAUUAUAAUCUUGCCUAGCUGAUACCCCAGAUUUUAUAUUUGUACUCAGAGAUAAAUCCUACUAUAUUUAAUAGUCCCAGCUAAAUAGAACUGCAGCAAACUAUUCUCAGUUUUUAGGAGCUGGCUAAAUGUAUAUUGGCUUAAUUACAUUACCUCAAAUGUGUUUUAUAAGAAUGUAAUAUAAUAUUUUUAAAAGCAAUCUGUUGCCUUUGUCUAUGGGGAAAAAGCCAUCUUUAAUACUUGUCAACUGUUGCAUGAAGCGUGCUCCCGGUUCUGAGAGGCUUCUGAAACCCAACUACUUCUUUUAAAAACAGCGAAACUCCUGAUUCUAUUCUUGAAAUAAAUCUUCAUGUUUAGUACUCCAAGCUACGUUGUAGAAGCCUCAGAACUUGGAGCACAAAGGUGCUGUGUUCUGUAUGCAAGGUUACUGAAUUGGCUCAUGAUAAUCUUUAAAAAGUAACUUAACAUUGAAAGAUGCUGUAUUUCUCCAAUUCUAAGAUGCCAUUGAUUGCAAGACACACACACUACUUUUAGUACCGACAGGAAAAAUACACAUUAUAUUAUAUAUAGAAUGUGCAAUUCUACAACCUCAUCUACACUGCCAGUAGUGGCACAAUGGGUUAAACCCUUAUGCCGGCUGAACUGCUGACCUGAAGGUCUGCAAUUCGAAUCCACAAGACCGUGAGCUCUCAGACGCACCCUGUUUUCAGAGAUAUUUAUAUGGAGGAAAACAUGCAUCUUAGAAUUGAUAAAUACAGUAUAUAUAUUUGGACCUGACAUUUGAUGAGGGUAUUAUGUGUAUGAAUGUGUGUACCAGAGAGCCAUUCCAGCCUCCAAUGGGAAAUAUGUUAUGUGGGUUCACUGUGAGCCUUCUACAGAUGCCUUCAUCUGCAUGCUGCCUCCUACAAAGGAAAUUGGCCAUUAAGCCAGGUACUGCUGCAGCUGCAUUUUUUUCUAGGCAGCUUUUGAAUUAUAUUUUUGUAUAGGGCAUUUUUGUCCAUUUCUGCUAUACUUGAAACUUUCUUUCUGAGAAGAAAAGGACUCUCUCAACAUAUAGCUUGUGGAAACAAGCUGUCAUUCUUUUUUAAAUAUGCUGUAAAAUGUGUUUUUUAAAAAAUAGCUUGGGUUUGUUUAAUAAAUGACCUCAGCUCCAGUAUGUGCACUGCACCAGUCUGUACAUAUUGUUAAUUAAUAUUUGAUGUUGCUUGGACCUGUCAGGCAUUCCCCCAUGCAAAAUGUUAGUGUGCUCUUUAUUCAUACCUGAGAUAUUGUUGAUCUGAUGUAAAACAAAUAAAAUGCAAUACAAUAAAAGCAAGUACUUUGUUUAUGCUUAAAUAAAAAAUGGGAGGGACAGCAUCUACACACUACAAAGGAGACUUUUAUUUGUUUAGCUUAGAAAUUUAUGUGCCAGGUUUAAGGGCAAAGCCUUUUUAAAGCAGUUUAACAAAUGUAAAUGAAGCAACAUGAAACUCUUUUAAAAUAUAUACAAAAUAGUCCAGUUAGAAGAGUAAAGCUGGCAGUUAAAAAACUUAGCAGAUAAUAAAACACUACUUGAAAGAAAAA